ACACUUUGUGGUUGGCACUCCUUCAAAACCUCCCGAUCGCGAGCUUUUUAAAAAGAUGGUUUUAAGCCGAAAUACAACAAACUAAACAAUCACAAUGGUACUUACAGCAACAACUACAUGUAUUCUUAACAAUAAAUGCAAGUGCUUACUUUACAAUGUUUUAAAGAGAACUGCCAGCUCGAGACCGCCACAAACAGUAUUUAUCGAGAAAAUAUUAGAAGACCCUGUUGUAGUACUCAGAGAAGAAGACGAUGUUGAUCUUAUAGGGCCACCGGAUGCUGUAUCGAACUUAAGACCAAUUAUUAGAAAAAGAUUGUUAAACGAAACACCCUUACAGGUAAAAUUACGCGAGUUACAGGAUAGCACGCAUGCGUGGAACAACGAAUUUUGGGCCAAACACAACACAAGGUUUGUGAGUGAACGACUGGCAUACAUUGAAAGUCAUCAAGUUAAAGGCGAAGAACAAAAACAGUUGACUGCUGAUGAAAUGAGCGAGUUUUACAAAAGUUUUUUGGAUAAAAACUGGAGGAAUCACGUCAAUUACAAUGUGGAGUGGUACAGGAAGAAUUUUACUCUGUUGUUUUUAGCUUUGAGAGUUAGUAUAGAAAAAAGUUUACCCAGGAUUCUUUGAUGAGUUCAUUUAGUACUAUUGAUUUGAUUCUCAGGUGAAAACUGUUACCU